AUGAGUUCAAGGGCAUUGAGAAGGCUUCAGGAGAAUAGUUUGGAACAAAGCUUGGCCAAACUAGGCUCAAAUGAAGCUGAAACCGAGUCUAACGAUGAUUAUAACCGGCAAAAAGCCAAACCUGUCAACAUAUUUGCCCUGAUGGCAGGCGAUGAUGAGGACGAAAAAGACUCAGAAAGUGACCAUUCGCAAUCUGAUAAGGAUUCGAAGGAAAUGGAGCCUUUCAAGACUGUUGAAAAGCCAAAACCGGUCCAAAGUGCAACGAAUUCUCAGAAGAAGAAGAAAAGCCGUAAAAACAAGAAAGAUAAAAGUGCUAAAACAAAGGCAAGUGAGGUAACUGGAAAAAGUCGAAAACUAAAUGAAGACUCUGCUGGGGAAAGCGACGAAGAGCUAGAUCGCAUGCUCGAGCAAUUUCGACUACGAGACUUGGCGGGUAAGAAAAAUUCGUUAGAAUCAAAGCUGGAAAACUCUGACGAGUCCGAGGGCGAUUUUGACACUGCCAACGAAGUUGAAGACGAUCAAAACAAUGACCCAGAUGCUAGCUCUUCCACAGACCCUGGCUUUACUAAAUUUGAUUCGUUUUCGGAGUACGAACGCAUUUUUGGACUCAUAGACAUGAGAAAGUUAAAUCCGGACAACGAGUACAAGCUGCUGUUUGACGACUUGUCAGCCGAAUCGCUAGCAGAUGUAGACUCCAUGACUUCCACUCAUGUCUCGCCGCAAGUGAUGAAGCAGAUCGACAGACUAAAACACAUGGUAAGAAAUUGGGGUGGAAAAGACCAUAAAACAGUUCCGAACGGCUCGACUACCAGACGCCUUGCGUUCACUAAAAUCAGAGACGAUUGGAUUCCUACGGCUCGUGGGGAAUUCGUGAUUACACAGCUUUCUCGCCAGGAACUCAAGGACUGGAAUGCUUGGCAACGACCUCAGGACUGGAUCGACGAAAUUGAGCGUUCGAUUAAAAAGUGGGAAAAAGCGGGAAUAAACUUUUUCAAGUUCGAACCUGCGAACCCUGAACUCACCCGCAAGUCGAUGACAGAAUUUUACAUGAGCGUCGUUCUGCAUCCCGAUCACGAAGCUCUCAUUGGUCUAAUAUCCUCCAAGUUUCCAUAUCAAGUUCCAGCCCUUCUUCAAGUGGCGCUCAUUUUGGUAAGGCAAGGUGACAAGGCGAACAGCAAUGGGCUUGUAGAAAGAGCAUUAUUCGUCUUUGACCGCGCUCUGAGAUCUCACAUCGCUUUCAAUGGCACGUCAUGCCAGCUCCCCUACAUUCAUUUUUUCAAUCGACAGUUCUAUUUUGCUAUCUUCCGGUACAUCCAAAUUCUGUCACAAAGGGGAGCUGUCGCAACGGCAAGUGAGUGGUGCAAGGUUUUAUGGUCAUUGUCUCCUUUAGAAGAUCCUCUCGGUUGCAGAUACUUCAUGGAACACUACCUGCUGAUGAAUAAGGAGUACGAAUUUAUGAUCCAGCUUGCAAAAUCCCCAUUGAUCAAUACAUACGCUGAUUGGUACACGCUUGGAAUGGCUCUCGGAAUUGUGUUUUCCUACCUGAAGCUUGGGUUGAAAGAUAGCGCCAGAUCAGAACUUAGAAAGGCAUUCUACCACCACUCAGAGGCCCUGCGCUCCAUUUUUGUCGAAGGUGGCUUGGGAGAUGAAUCCGUUGUCGCUGGACUUGAAUCAUCCGAGGUAUCGCCUGAUUCGGUCGUCGAAACAAAGGCAUACUUGAUAAGAAUGAAGGUGCUUUGGAGAGGACCAGAACUUAAUUUCUUGUAUGACGAACUGUUCACUCUUUUUAGUGAGUUAAAGUCUGGCCGGUUAUCGACUAAACCUUCGAGCACUUUCAGCGCUGAAAGUCCAUUUUUCAUAGACGGGAUGCAUGUUAAUUUGCUGCGUUUUGCCGUUCUAUCGCAAGAAUCUCCACUAAUGGCUUGCAUCCCUGAACACAUCUGGUCGGAGAGGGAUGUUUACGAGUUCGAUGUCCUCCCCCCUCAACCGCAUGGGCGUGAGACCGAAGAUCUGAUAGAAUCAGUCAAAAGCUUUGUAAGCGAAAAUGAUCUCACAAUGACUAGAAUGGAAAUGAUGCAAGAUGAGAAUUUGUUGAAUCAAAUAACACAGAUGUCACUUGAACAGUUCCUUCAGGAAAAUCCUAACGCAGGCCCUGAUGAAUGA